AUGGCUCUUUUCAGAGAAUCGCUUUUGAAAGAGGGUGAAGAAUUCCUUUGCACAUUUUUACCUUCCAAAAUAUUUCAGUUGGAUAAGUUUCUUAAGGAAAAUUCACUAAACGUGCAAGAUUUGACCACUCUUAAAGCUCCUUUGGAGAUCCCUAUUCCAGACCCCCCACCCAAAGAAGACGAGAUGGAUACAGAAAAAGAGGAGAAGGAAGCUCCAAAGUGUGGUUAUCUUAAAGGAAACAAAGUUCUCAUUUCACUUCUGGAUCGCGUGAAACCUGAAGUUCGCGAGUUUAAAGAAAAAUGCAUUUUGGUCACGACCUGGAUCCAGUUCAUGAUCCCCAAAAUUGAGGAUGGCAACGACUUCGGGGUGGCGGUUCAGGAGAAAGUGCUGGAACGUAUCACAGCGUUGAAGACCAAGGCUGAAGCUUUCCAAACCACCAUGGCUAAAUAUUUUCUGGAGCGUGGAGAUGCGGUCGCCAAGGCCUCCAAAGACACUCACGUGAUGGAUUACCGGUGUUUGGUUCACGAACGCGACGAAGCCAUUUACCGAGAAAUGCAGAUCAUGUUGCUUGAUAUUCGUGGAUUUUAU